UACCUCUCAGCUUCUCUUCUUCGCAACACUAUGGGUAGUGCCUAGUUGUGCUUCUGACCCGAAUAUCCUAAGAUCCUUUAAUAAUUAUUUGUCAUUUAUUUCAAGCCAGAGCCUCAUGACUGUGCUGGGUGGACAUUUAGAAUCCUUUCUGAUAUUAACAUAAAACCUCUACCUCCGUGAUGAAGUUCUUACGGAGCUUUUUUGGUUGUUGUUAGCAUGUAAUGCUCUCAUCUGUAAAAUAAGUCUCAACUCCAACUUCACAGGAUUAAUAACCAUGGUUAAUUAUUGGAGGCACAGAGCGCAGUGCGCACAUCACAGAAAGUGCUCAGUAAACCGCAGUUAUCCCCGGAUCCUCUAAAAUGCUCCGUUUAACGGUAAUGGAGCCCGUGUCCAGAGCUCUCCAGACUCUGCACCGCUAAACGUAUGUCGCAGCAUCAAAUGCGUCCCUGUAGUAAACGCAGCAACGCGCGGCCAGAGGCGCACCGGCUGGGCUGCGCGUGAGACUGCAUCUCCCGGGGAAACCGCCUGGAGCUGGAGCCCGCGGGGUGGAAGAACUACAACUCCCAUGGUGCUUCACGCGAGCUUAGGGCUAGUCUAUAUUUUAUCGCCACAGCCCCUGCCGCGAAGCUCUCAAAGACUCCGCCCCCAGGGUUCUCCUCGCCUAUUCCGCCCCAGUCCUCGGAAGACGCUGUGUGACGUCACGAGGUCCUACGUUCGUGUGGGGAGCAGGAGUUGAAGGACGGUCUCUGGCUGGGUUCAGGCGGCCCUGGGACUGCGGAGGAGGCUCUCGAGGGACCGCCGCGAUGCUCCAUCCGGAGCCGGUCAGUCAGCUUCUGGAUCUAUGCCUUUGGUGCUUCACGAAGAAUAUUUCCAGAUAUAUCACAGACAUUAAGCCUUUGCCUCCCAACAUAAAAGAUAGACUGAUUAGAAUGAUGAGCCUGCAGGGACAGAUAACAGAUUCAAAUAUAAGUGAGAUUUUACAUCCUGAAGUCCAGACUCUAGAUCUACAGAGCUGUGAUAUUUCAGAUACUGCUCUGCUGCACCUGGGCAACUGCAGAAAACUGAAGAAAUUAAAUUUAAAUUCCUCAAAAGAAAACAGAGUUUCUAUAACUACAAAAGGAAUAAAAGCUGUGGCUUCAUCUUGUGCAUACCUGCACGAAGCUUCUUUGAAAAGAUGCUGCAGUCUCACUGAUGAAGGAGUCCUUGCUCUUGCGCGUAAUUGCCGGCUGCUAAAGGUCAUUGAUUUAGGUGGCUGCUUAGGUAUUACUGACGUGUCCUUACACGCAUUAGGAGAAAACUGCUUUUUUCUGCAGUCUGUUGAUUUUUCAGCUACUCAGGUAUCUGACAAUGGUGUGGUUGCGCUUGUUAGUGGACCUUGUGCCAAGAAAUUAGAGGAGAUUCAUAUGGGACAUUGUGUGAAUCUGACUGAUGAGUCUGUAGAAGCUGUCCUUACUCGCUGUCCUCAGAUACAUAUAUUACUGUUCCAUGGAUGCCCCCUGAUAACAGAUCAUUCACGAGAAGUCUUGGAGCAAUUAGUAGGCCCAAACAAAUUAAAGCAAGUGACGUGGACUGCUUAUUGAUGCUUAUCCAAGUUAUGCUCUUCAUACUGUCAGGAAAUGAUGGUCUUGGAGAUUGGCUUUCCAACAUGUAAUAUGGUUUGUGACUUACCAGACUCUUAAAUGCUUUAAUAGUGCUAUUAUUCUGUGUUUGUUUAAUGAGUCAUUGUUUUAGAAUUUUAAUCCUAGCAUGCCCCUCUGAUAGAUUUGGGGGUAGGGGGAGAAGGCACUGUGUUUGUUUCUUAAUAACAAAGAUUUUAAAUUAUCUGUUUUCCCUGGAGAUUUCCUUUUCCUACCCAAAUAUUUGAGCUGUUGUAAAAGAAAUGUACCAAUGUGGAUAAAUUUUAAGUAAAGGUAUUUCUAAAAGUA